UUACAAGCGGCAUCGGGAGGAUGACUUCAAAUUUGAUUUGCUGUUUAAGUAGGUUAAACUGAAAUGAAUUGACGAUUAAUCAACAUCGAUCAGGAUCAAGAUGACAAACUACGAGAGGCCUCAUUUGGUCUGACGAGAGAGACCAUGGUUCCACUUCUGCUUCUAUUCCUUUAUGCUCAAGGACUUGAGACUUCCACCCCUGAUUAUUAUAACCGGAACAGCCACAAUCGCAAUAACAACAUGUGGGAUCCGGUCAUUGACGAAAUGAGCUUUCUACCAGACAGCGAACGAGUUGAGCAAGCCCCAGUCACCCCGUUUCAUUUACCCAGUCCUUCCACUAAUGCGUCUUCAACAACAACAACAACGACGACGACGACGACGACGGCAAAAACCACAACCACAACCAUCACCUCAACGAUGACGUCAAAAAUGCGUAACACGACAGUGGCGAUUGGAAAUACAUCUGAUUGGGACGAGGUCAAUAUGAAUGACACGAAAGCGGAUAAAGUCAUUUUGACCGCCGACGUUUUGGAUGAACCCACAUCAUUUUCAGUGUCAUCUUUAGCCCCGAGAGUGUCAAGUUUCGAAGAACAAAGUGGUGGCGACAAGGUCCGACAAGGAGGAAAAUAUCAAAAUCAAAUCGAGGAUGGAAAUGCAGUUCUCCAGAAAGACCGAGACAACCAACCCCAGUUUUGGCCCCAAGGUCAAACUGAUCGGCCUUGGCCAGAGCCGAAUGGACCUCUAUGGCCGAGACGACACCAUUUGGUCGAUGUUGGACCAAGGCGGCCUUGGACGAAGGUUCGGUUUGCUCAACAAAAAGAUGCUUUGCAACCGCGCCCUGUGAUUAAAAAAACUGAGACAAUUGAAACUGAAAGCUCACCAUCUGAUCCAGAACAAGUCAAGAAAGCUGUACAGAUUGACAUCUUUCCUGACGAACUCACCAAUCAAGACAAGCCAAAACCAGUGAGUCCAACGGAGACGAUUCUAGAGCCACAGGCAGAAAACCCAAUUAAUGAAUCCAUUAUCAUUACGAUCAACAAAACGCAACCAAAGGAAGCGUUUAUAUCAGAGAAAGUUCCACCAAAGGAUCAAGUCUCGGCGGUCAAUCUGACCCAAGACAAAAUGCUGGUCCCUGAAGAUCCUCCAAUCGAAAUUCAAUCGACCACCGUUGCUCCCAUUUUGCAUACCUUUACUCGUAGUAAUCGUUUACUUAGGAGGAAAAAUCCGCGGCCAAUCGAAGACUAUUCUUACGACAACUAUCCCCAUCCCAAUCUGCGAUACCCUGCCAUUCCCUUUCCCAUUUACGACCAAUACCCGUUCCCUAAAUUCGGCCCAUAUAAAUGGAAUACUUAUAACAGGGUUAAACCGCCUCUGUAUGAUCAGCAGCCUCAAAAUCGCCUGUUACAACCGGGUUUGUCGAUAAAUAAUGAUGAUUAUGAUUAUUCCGAGCCUUCUAAGAAACGCACAUAUGGGCAGCUGUACCCUUCUUAUGGAAGCAAUCGAUAUGGGAUGAACGUGCGACGUUCCUUGAAGAGAUCAAAGCAUCAAAUUCAAAAUCGCCGCCAUUCAAAUCCUGGAAGUGGGCGAACUUUUCCAUUCAGUGAACGAGUGACUAAAAAAGAAAAUUCCGAUGUAGAGCCAAUUUCUAUAACUUCAAAAAAUAGAAGAAAGCACCAAAAUACGAACAAGGGAUUCGUCAAUCUUAGUCCAGGAGAGGCGAAUUCCGCCAUCUUGAGUUCAAUUCGCAAGGCUGGGCUUUCUUCCAAUGGAAUCCAAGUUGAGACCCAGAGCGAUGGAGGUACUCUUGUGACAUAUAUUGUUUUAAUAGAUACAGCAAGCUCGUCUCCUUUUUUCUUGUUUAAUCUAGGACUGUCAAAAGCUUCAUCGCAAACAUUUAGUUUCAUUCAACCGCAAUCUAAAACUGUGGGGCAAGGUGCUAUCGCUAACGUGAGGGCUACAAACAAGGCUCCCAACGGAGAUUAUCGCCAUUUCCAAGUGGAACCGAAUGAGAGCCGAUUAGUUCCAAUGGGAAAAGUGUGUCUGAACGUGGGCUAUGUGCCUGGAACGACCAAGCUAACCUUUAUUCUCCCACCUACUGAAAUGGAUGGUCAGGGACAAUCUAGGUUCCGCAAUUUAGAACCAAUUGCUCCGACCAAUCGGUUUGAGAGCUCCUCUGAUUUGUCCUCUCCUUCCAAUUCUGAGAAUCAUCGGCACCACGAAAAAAAUGGACCGCUUUUGAGUUCCUUGACCUUGGAAGAUGAUGCUCGUCGAAACUCAGACCACAACACACCUCAGGUUCAAGGCCAAGUCCCGAAUUUUGGAUCCAGCUUGAACCUGAAUUCAGACAUGGUAGAUUAUGCAGGGAGAUCAUAUUUUCAGGCUCCAAAAAGGGGUUUUCAUCCUAAGUUUUUGGAUCAAGUUAUUGAUGACUACAAUGGUGAAGAAGGAAGAAUCUAUGAAGUGGCACCCUUGCAAAGCAACUUUGAAGACCAUGACUAUGAAUAUAACGAUUUUACAUCAGGAUUUGAGCCAUACACUGAAAAUAAACCAAAUGGUAGAUCUACUGUGGUCCCAAAAACGUUGGGAAAUUCCAAGGAAUUGGCUCGAAAGCUAAUGAACUUCUUUAUGAAACGGAAGGUCUUUGAGCAGUAUCAAGAUAUCAACCCUGGGGCAAUUCAGUUUGAUCCUGCCAGCCAAUUGAAUAGGGAUUUUCAGGCAAGCAACUAAUCAGGUGAAGAGUAAAUUGAAGGCAACGAAACCAGCUUUCCAGACCGAGCCAAAACUGAUCAAAACCAACCGACCUAAACAUUUGGACCAAGACGAAGGUGAAAGUCCCGCCAAGAAAUGGAAUAAAGUCAACGCUAUACUCACCAGGGCAGAGGGACUUCUAAAUAGCAUUGAAAAAGAUCAACCUGCUUAAUAAAUGGAUAUAGCCGCACGUGUAA